GGAAAAUCCAUAUCAGUUUAAUAAAACUUAUCAUCAAACUCGUUGGUUAAUAUUCCUUCAAAUUUGCGGAGGUUUUCUAUUGUGCUACAGUCCCAUAGUCUUACAUGUAUUUGACGAAAGACCGGAGAAUGAAACCAAAGCAAUUAAACUUGAUAAAUUGAUAGACAACAAGCAUGGAAACUAUGAAGAAAUAAAGGGAGAAACUACAAACAAUGAGCAGGCCAAAGCUGAUGAACAUAUUCUUUAUCUUGGAGAUGAGCCACCAAUCACAGUUUUGAGCACAUUGAAAUGGUGCUAUAGGAAAUUCUCUACAGCUCAAUCAUUGUUUAUAGCACGUUUAUCAAAAGUUUUCCUUUUGAUUGUGCUUGCACCAAUAUUCAUUUAUAUUCAGAUGGCUGUUUUCUUCAAAUAUAAAUACAGAGCUGUAUCUGGUCGCAUUGAGCAAGAUAUCCCAGUUGGAUUUAAUGCAAUACCAUUUGGAUUUCAAGCCAGUAGUCGUAAUUGGAAGUACUUUUUAGGAGGACCCUAUGUUAUAUACUCCUUGUUUUUUAUAAUGGCUGGAACAAUUAUCUGCAUCCCUAAUAACAUUGCAGCAAUACUUUGUGCAGGGUUAGGAGAUGCCAAUGGAUCAAAGUUGCUUCAAUGCCUGGACCC